CGGCAGGGGGCGUGGCGGGAAGUUUGAAACUGCUACGGUGGUUGAAGCUCGAGCUGCUGUGCACCCAAAGGUGGAGUUGGAGAGUGGCAUCCCCUCCUUGCCCCGGGCCGGGCCCUGCCCCACCCUAUCCCUCCUGGUUGAGAUGGGCUCAGCCAAGAGCGUCCCAGUCACUCCAACGCGGCCUCCGCCGCACAACAAGCAUCUGGCAAGAGUGGCAGACCCGCGUUCGCCUAGUGCCGGCAUCCUGCGCACUCCCAUCCAGGUGGAGAGCUCUCCACAGCCAAACCUACCAGCAGGGGAGCAGCUGGAGGGUCCCAGUCAGGCCCAGGGCUCAGAUCCCCGCUCUCCUACCCUUGGCAUUGCACGGACACCUAUGAAGACCAGCAGUGGAGAGCUCCCAAGCCCAUUGGUGAAUCAGCUGAGUGAACUACUUGAGACUGAAGCCCCCAGAUCGAACCUUCCUCUAGAGCCUGUUCUGCACCUAGAGGCACCUUCAUCUUCUGAAUUGGACUUGCCUCUGGGCGCCGAGUUUUCCCUCAAGGACCAGAUGCCACCUUGGAGUCAGACUGAGCUCCCCUCCAAGCAGGUGUUUCCUGAGGAGGAAACAGGACAGCCCUCAGAAACCCCUAUGGCCAGCCAGGGCUCAGACAAGCCCUUGAGAGACCCCGAGACACCCCGAUCUUCAGGUUCUAAGUGCAAUAGACGGAAACCAAACAGCAAGGUACUAGGGAGAUCUCCCCUCACCAUCCUGCAAGAUGACAACUCCCCCGGGUCUCUGACACCACGACAGGGUAAGCGACCUUCUCCCCUGAGUGAAAAUGUUAGGGAACUAAAGGAUGGGGCCAUUCUGGUAACUGGACGACUUCUGAGAACUGGAGGACGAGCAUGGGAGCAAGGCCAGGACCAUGACAAGGAAAAUCAGCACUUUGCCUUGGUAGAGAACUAGGCUGUGUGCGGCCCCAGCCCUGGGCUUACCAGGGAUCUAGUGGUAUUCCAUAUCCUCUCACACCUUCUUUCCCUCAGAGACUGGAAAGGGUCAUUUUCUUUGACUCCCCCUAAACUACUGACUCUGGAAUUGAGAGCUUUCUUGGGCUUUCUUUGUGUCUUAUAUGUUUCUUGUAUAUUAAAUGAAGUGGUUUUAAAUGAU